AUGUUGGCUAGGCAUGGUCGACCCAACAAUAAGAAAGUUGAGAGCUGGGCCAACAAUUUGAAGAAGGGGAAUCAGUUGAGCCUCGAGUUGUUGGGGAAGAGCUCUAGCUCCAGUACCCAAGCUACACCACUUGAAAGCAGCGAGACUUUCAAGGAGCUCGAGAAGAAAUUCAAAGAGCUGAACUCGCAGCGUUCCAAGCUUCGAAGCAACCUGGACGAGUUCAUGCUUUUAGAAGCCACAAUCCAGAACUUGGAAGACCCGUCUUGGACGAAGAAGUUGGAGGAGGUCUCCAAGGCCAGAACGAUCCUGGAAGAGUUCCUCAACGUGUUGCGGGGAUCCCUGGCCGCCGGGCUACCAAAUGACAAGCAAGCAGAUUGUUCGGAGAGACUCAAUGAGGUGAAGCACAUCCUGGAGCAGAGUGCCACUCACUUGAAGGCGACAGGCCAAUGCAUCAGGCAGGUGAAGAGCUUGCUGGACGGCUAG